AUGUCGUUAUGGGGGGAUGAGACUGAUUGCUUCAGGAUGUAUAGCAAAAGAAACCACUUGCUGAUUAUCAAAAAUAUAAAUGAUGAGAUUCUCAAAGUUCAUAUUGAUGGAAGGACAGGACCUGUGGCAGUCUUUGAACAUUAUCUAUCUCCUCAAUCAGAAACAGAUCAUGAUGGCAUAAACUUUUGUGUGGUGCGCUACAAAACACGGGUGUAUAAUGAAAUGCCAAAAGGGAUCCCAAUUGUGUUCCAGAUUACAGUCAAUGGAUUGGUCUAUCACAUGUACAGUACUGAGGAAGGAAACAGAAAAGUCUUGAAAUUUAAGGAAGGCAAUGCUCCAAUUAGCGUGGAAGGGAGUAUGAAGAACAUAAUCUUUUUCCAGCAGUAUUUUGAUGAACAAUAUUACAAAUUUGAAUCUGCAUCAGCACGUGGCUGGUUCUUGUGUACUGCAAACGAUAACACGGUUUCUUUGAAGGAAGUUGAGCGGAAUGACGAUGAAAUGAUAGCUGUCUGCUUGGAUAAAGUAUAA